GGUCACUAAAUUCAUUGCGCACUCAAUCGCGGAAGUGAAAGUGCAGAAUCGUUUAUAUUUUUAUUAUCGACUGCUGAUCAUAUUAAAAGAAUAUAAAGGGAUUUUUGUCUUUGUAGCAUCGCCAUAAUGGCAGUGGCAAAUCCGAAACAGACAAUACUUAAUCCAACAAUUCCCUUUGCUGGGACCAUUCUGGGCGGACUUCAUCCCGGAGAGAUGGUGCUCAUUCAGGGCAGUGUGCCGAGUAAUGCUGACCGAUUCCAGAUUGACCUGACAUGUGGGAGUAGCAUAAAGCCUCGGGCAGACGUGGCUUUUCAUUUCAAUCCUCGCUUCAAGAGCUCCCCCUACAUCGUCUGUAAUACCCUCCAACAGGAGCGCUGGGGAAAAGAGGAGAUUCACUACGUCAUGCCAUUCAGACACAAUACUGUCUUUGAGAUCAUCAUACUUGUAGAAAAAGAUUUGUUCAAGGUGGCAGUUAAUGGAUCUCACCUGCUGGAAUACAGGCACAGGUUGGAGCUCAAGAAGGUGGACACGCUGGCCAUAUCUGGAAAAGUUCGAAUUGAGGCCGUUGGAUUUAUUCCCAGUUCAAGUCCCGUCAUGUCACCAAAUACAGCCGAGAUCAAGAAAUCACAGUCUCGUACCGUUAUAUCAGAGGCAGGUGACAUGAGUCUUCCAUUUAAAAGCAAACUUGCCAAAGGAUUGAGCGCAGGAGAUUCCAUAAUGGUGAAGGGUCAGAUCAGUCAUUUCCCACACAGUCUCACUGUAAACCUGCGAGUCGCUGACGCAGAAGACAUCGCUUUGCACUUAAACCCUCGAUUCAAGACCAGAGUCUUCGUCCGAAACUCCUUUCUUUCAGGGUGUUGGGGCUCAGAGGAGCUUUCCCUCUCUAGCUUUCCCUUCACAGCUGGACAAUACUUUGAGAUGAUCGUCCUGUGUGAAGCUCAACAGUUUAAAGUGGCAGUGAAUGGAGUCCAUCAGUUGAUUUACAAGCAUCGUGUGCAAGAUCUCACUCGGGUGAAUGAGCUUGAGAUUCUGGGUGAUCUAGAACUGAUGGAUGUCAAGAUGUGGUGAGAAACUCCAGCCGAAGAACAAAUCCUCUGCUUUCUCCAACCAAGUGCGCCCAGGGCUCCAGCAAUCGAAACCGUACUAAACUGCACUAAUUUAACUUAAAUGUGGACUAUAUCUGGCUGCGCUUUUAUUUUACUAUCACUGGCCAGUCCAGUUGGACUAAACAUCAUACUUCUCUGGGUUGGGCGAUGUCCCCAUAAAUUGGCAGUUGACGAUGGUUACGUAAACCAUCGCGAUGGACGAUGAUAUCGUUAGGCGGGGGGGUAUUUUAAUUUUUCGUUAUUAUUCGUUAUUAUAUAAUUUUUAUUCGUUAUUUUACUUUAUUACUUCCACUUAAGAAGAGUUGUGCACUUUUUAUUUUAAUAUAUAUUUUACAUAAAUACUAUUCUGUUCUUAAAAUCUAUAAUUUUGUUAUUUUACUAUCCCAACUAAUGUCUCUUUCCUAUAGGUUGCACAUAAGGGGAAAAGGUAGCUUUAAUCCACUGAAGAAGAGUUGUGCACUUUUAAGCACCUUUUAAUCUCUUUACAUAAAUAUUUUUUUCUAUUUAAAAGCUAUAAUUUCAUUAUUUUACUAACCCAACGACUCCUCCGCGCUUUCCAAAUUUUGCACGUAAAUAUCUGUGCAUAUGUGCCACCAGUACUCCGUCAGAGAGCGGGUCUUCAGCACCGCGGGGAGCAGCCAGCACUUCAAUCCGCAGCUUAUUAAAACUAGACAAAGUGAACAGGGCCAGACACAUCUAAAUUUAAACAUGGUCUGUGUAUGUAAAUCCCGCGUUUCGGUCGGAGUGUUGUUCCCGUUUUCUUGUUCUUGACGUUCCCUGAAUUCUGGGUUUAUAUCUUAAUCUGCCGCUUCAGUGCAGUAUAGCCUCAAUGUAACAAUGAGCACGAUCUCCCGAGACACUACAAAAAGCUACUAAUAAAUGAUUAAUAUGGGCUGUUUUCUUGUACAAAAUUAAAUAUUUUAAGAUAAAUGUACAACAUGUAAAAAGACAAGAUUCUAGCAAUGUCAAGAUUAGGGAUGGGCAUUUUCCAGUAAUUUACUAAUUUUUUUAAUAUUUAAUUUUUCGAAUAUUUAAGCUCUUAAAGAACGAAUAUUCGUUUAUUUAAAUUAUGUUAAUUAAGACAUGCGUGUUUUGUAUUUUUCAUUUUGUCAUAAUUUCACAGAAGGCUAAUAAUUAGGAAAUAUCCACAGCAAGCUAAACUUAUAUUUAAUUAUUGCCAUUAAACUGCCAUGUGCAGUUAUCCGGUUAAUUUUCGAAAGAGCACCGCAAAUAAUAAAUGUUCUCCGUUUCAUUUCGUUCUCCGUGUCUGUCUCUUUAUUAACAAACUAAAGUAGACUUUAUAACAGAAAGCUUACAAAUCUCUCAUGAUGUGUUGAUUCGGGCGGCGGAGAAGCACGUUUAAUAACACGUGAGCCCUCACUGAGCCAGUGGCCAAAUACGGCGCGGCGGGGACAAACCCGGAGAUAAAAGGAAAAACUUAAAUUCGUCUGCAAUCUGCAUUGCCAAACAAUCUGAAAUACAUACAAAUUAAUGUUCAUGUAUAUUUUACAUUUAAGUCUGUAAAAGACAGUAUAGAUGAAGUGAAAAACCAUUAAAUAAGUUGUUACCCUUUGGUGGCACAUUAAAAACAAACAAACAUUCGAAUAGCAUUUUUUAAAUUCGAAUUAUUAUUGCCAUUCGAAUAUCCGUGCCCAUCCCUAGUCAAGAUCAAAUGCCCGACAUUUCACAGACUAACACACGUCACGUCUUCUAUUUAAUUUAUAGACCAAUUCACGCAAAGAUAUUAGGUUAACUAUAGUCUAUAUAGAGAGUAAGUGUAUGUCGACUCGCAGCGGAGUGGGGAGGGGGCGUGGCAUCACGAUGGUGUCUCUCCAUCGUGAUGUCAGUCAACCAUCACGAUGGACGAUGAUAUCGUUUAUCGGCACAACCCUAUUCUCAACUAAUUUAUUCAGCUACCUACCUUGAUUUUUUUUUUUCAAAACAACUGCUUCGUUUGUGUGAUAAAGAUCAGAUAUGUGAUUCUAUUUGAUAAUCUUUUGAUAAGAUGUCAUUUCAAUGACGCGUUGCUCUGCAAAGGCCAGCAGGUGUGACUGCCCAUGGGUGCCCACAAACAGUUGCCAAGAGAAUGUUGGCGAUGUGAUUUUGAGAAAAAGUUAAGAAAAGUUGAACUUUAUGCAAAUGAGGUAUAGUGACUUAAACUGUCACUGGGACAUAAAUAGGUCUUAAUAUUUACCAUUUAGAUACAAAUAUGUAUAAAUGUUGUACCAGUAUGUACCCUUUGAGGUACAAAUAUGGACUCUUUAUGUAUAAAUGUGUACAUUUUGAAAGAGUAAGGCCCCAGUGACAGCUUUUCUUGAGAGUGUAAAGUGAAUUGGUUGCACACACAUGGUCUGAAUAUAGGCAGGAUGGAGAAGUUAAACUUACAGUUCGCCGUUUCUCACAUAUUUAGGGCCCUAUGAAAUCCGUUUAAUUUAUUCUCAAAUUCCGUGUUUUCCGUUUUUAUUUUUCUGGAUUCUGCUUUUCAUUAUUUCAGCAAUCAAAAAGCAUAUCUUAUCAACUAACAUUAAACAAAUACAAUUUAACAACAAUUUAUUGAAAGUUUUAUCUAAAAUUACAUUGUCAGAAAAAAAGGUACAAAGUUUUUUCUUUUUCUGUCGCUGGGGUGGUACCCUAACAGGGACCUUUUUGUACCUUUAUGGGUAUAAAACACAUUGAAAUGUUGUACCUUAUGGGGUACAACAUUAUACCCGAAGGACCAUAUAGCCGUGUAUAGCUAUUGUGUACAUUAAGGAACAAUUUUGUACCAGUAAAAGUAACUUUUACUGGUACAAAACAGUUAACUGUACCUUUAAAGUAACAAAAAAGGUAUAACAUUGUAUUAUGUUUAUAUACCUGUAAAGGUACUAAACGGUACAACCCUGGUGACAAAAAAGGUACAGUUUUGAACCUUUUUUCUGACAGUGUAGACCAAUGUAUUUCGGCUGUCACCGUAACCGCAGUGUACUAUAACCAUGCUAUUGACAAGCAACCAAAUGCUUAGUUUAUCUUUUAAUAAUAAGACUAUACUCAUCUUGUUUUACUUUUCAGGCAUGUGUAUUAAAUGUGAAUAUGUUAGUUAUAAAAUUGUCAACAUUUUAUGAUUUAACAUUAGCAAUAAAUACAAAUAAAACACUGCACAGUUGCCACUGUAUGAAUUAAUGUUUUAAUAUACUGAUAAAUAUCCAGCUGUUUAUGUUCACUUAAACAUGAUCACAGUUCAGUGAUCACGACUGCCGGUGCCGAUGCUCCUGUGUGCGCGGCUGCGCGCUUCGGAUGUGAGCCCUGAUGUUGUCUGAGGUGCUUUAAAUAGAUGCGAAGAGCGUUGCGUUCAUGGUCUUUGUUUUCUGGUUGUUUUCUUCUUGUUCUACUUUUCUUCAUCUAUCUUUUUUUAAUGAUGGUAAAUUGCUGUCAUUUUAUUUGCAGAUUAAUAAAACAUUUGAAAAUGA